UGUAUUUGUAUUGGCAGCAUCCGGUAGACGCUUUAAAGCUUUUAUUUUGAAUUUUUGUAUCUUCGGAUUGUUCCUGUUUCGAAUUCGUUUCUCGUGACAGGCCGUAUGACACUUGGGUUGUGGAUACGAACACCAGCUGGUGUGCAGUCAUGGCGAGCAACAAAUUCCAGAUCGUAGUCCAGGGCGAAGCGUCUGAAACAGACUCCGAGGAUGAACUGUACCUCACAUCCGCCCCUCCUGUAAGCACAUCAUCAUCAUCCAUAGGGAUGAAGGUGGCGGGAGAAGCCUCUGAAACUGACAGUGAGGAUGAGGAAGAAAAAGCUCGACGUCUGGCCUCCGAAACCCAAAAGCAACUCCGCAAAGACCUGCCGCCCCUCAUCGUGAUCCGAAACACUCCGGCGUCUGCGUCCACACAGGAGGAUAGAUUAUCUCUGUAUAAACCAGAGUCAGAUCGUUUUAACACUCUGCUCCAGCAGAAGCUACAGGAAAGCAAUGCGAGACUGUGCACAGAUGUGAAUCAAAGCCUGAGGCAGGUGUAUCAGAGCGCUGCCAGAGAUGUACGACAGGCGACGGCUCAUCUAAACAACUCGCAGACAGGCAUCAUCAACGCAUCCCAUAGCAUCAGACUCGUACUAGAAGAUCUGAAAUCUGUUUCCGAGAAGAUAGACAUCAUCACGAGCUGUCAUUCACUGCCGGAUAUCACCAUGCCUGAACAAUCUUAAUGCACUUUAUUUGACAUUUUAAAAGGCUGAAACGGCUGUGUAUGUUCAUUAUAAUUAACCAUAUACCAUUUAUACGAUUUUGUUUUACGCUAAAUAAUGUGGAAUGUCUCUAUAUCUAAAGCAGCAUGUAACGCAGUGAUCAGCCUCAGAAGUUUGUUUAGAAAGUUUAUUGAAACAUACAGUUCUGUGCAGGGCCAUCUGAGAUUCCAGAAUAAUAUUGAGACAAUAAAUGCAUAGCAUCACCGUGA